AUUGAACAGACUGAACGCGACUGCAAAACGCGCGUAAAAAUUAUAAAUACAAUGGCUAACUGGCAUUUUUACUCUGUUUGCGCUGUUUGCUCAGGAUUCCAGGGACGUCAUUGCUUGCUUUUUAUAGUUUAAUUGUUUUCAUCCUGAACUCAAAUUAUAGGCACCAUGAAGAGUACUUGAAUGAGAUGCAAGCUGAUCACAUUUUGAAGUCAUAUUGUUGAAUUAGUCAUACUUUCUUGCAAGCCAUCACCCUGCUCAGGAGACCACCUUCUUGCAAACCAUGGAAGCCAGCUCAGUGAAGCCACCAGAAAGGGAACAUUUUGAGACUCUCCAAAAGUUCUUUGGUUAUGGACAAUUCCGCCCAAAGCAGUGGGAGAUUAUCUGGAAUGUUCUGAAUGGUGGGCCCGACCAGCUGGCAGUGAUGGCCACCGGCUCGGGCAAGUCGCUCUGCUACCAGUUCCCGGCGGUGCAUCGGCGCGGCCUCAGCCUGGUCGUGUCGCCGCUCAUCUCGCUGAUGGAGGACCAGGUGCUGGCUCUGCAGCUGCUCGGCAUCCCCGCCUGUCUGCUGGGCAGCGCCCAGACGCGCCCGGCCGCCGUGCGACAGGAGCUGCGCGAGGGCAAGUACCGCCUGCUCUACGUCAGUCCCGAGUAUGCCGUCGAGAACACGGACUUUCUGCGGGAGCUCUCCGACUCUGUCGGCCUGACGAUGGUGGCGGUGGAUGAGGCGCACUGCGUCAGCCAGUGGGGACACGACUUCAGGUCCUCCUAUCGGCGGCUAGACGUACUGCUGAAGGAGCUGCCCAACGUGCCGAUGCUGGCCCUCACUGCCACGGCCACACACGACGUGCGGGCAGAUAUCAUCCGGUCACUGGGCCUCAGGGACUGCAAGACGACGGUGACUUCGUUUGACCGGCCGAAUCUGUACCUGGAGGUGCGUGCCAAGAGUUCCAGCGCUCUGGGAGACGUCACCUCUCUGAUGCAGCGCGUGGGAGGACAGUGGCGAUUCGAUGGCGCCACCAUCAUCUACUGUCCCACUCGGAAGGGCACCGAGAUCCUACACACCGCACUGCUCAAUGCUGGCAUUCCAUGUGUGAUGUAUCACGCCGCGAUGACUCUCAAAGAACGCAAGGACGCCCACGAACAGUUCGUACGCGACAAGGUGUCCAUCAUCGUGGCGACUGUGGCGUUCGGCAUGGGCAUCGACAAGCCGGAUGUGCGCAGAAUAGUUCACUAUGGGGCGUCCCGUGACAUCGAGUCCUACUAUCAAGAGAUCGGCCGCGCUGGUCGCGACGGCCAGCCAGCCGUGUGCACAUGCUUCUUCAAGUCGGCCGAUUUUGUGGUGCACCGCCACUUUCUGGCAGAGCUCACCUCUCAAAGCUUUAGAGAGCAUAGGCUGGAGAUGAUGAAUGGAUUUGAGGCACUGCUGAGUGGCGGCAAGUGUCGCAGACGAACUUUGCUGCAGCACUUCGACUCCCAGGCGACGGCCGGCGAACGGGCCGGCUGCUGUGACAACUGCGACAACAAGUACAGCAGCAAGAAGACGUCAAAUAUGGACGCAUCCACGUCAGACGGAGGUCACAACUUCGCCGUGCAGGGAGCCAUGCUGCUGGGAGCUGUGAAGCUGAUGAAUGGUCGCUCGGGACUGAGUACUCCGAUAUUGUUCCUGCGCGGCUCGUCUAGCAAGAAAGUCUGGGAGUGGCUGAAGACAAAGGAGGGCUAUGGAUCUGGCAAGGAGUACAGCGAGGCCUUCUGGAAAUCUCUCGGCAAGAUGCUGAUCUUCGAGACGUACCUGGGUGAGCGUGGCGGAGGGCAGCGCGGCCGAGGAGGGGGACAGCGCGGUCGAGGCGGAGGCUCGUCCUUUGUCACAACAAUCUACGUCACGCCGAAGGGUGAGGAGUUUCUGAAGGCCUACACACGGAAUCCGGCCAUCCGCUUGGACCUGGUGCCGACCGGAGACAUGCGUGUCGCACAGAAGAAGCCAACCCACUCAGACUUCGCCGAGCUGGACAUCCAGUCGGGCAGCCGACAAAUGCUGCCGGACCGAGCUCCCAGCUCGAAGCCUGUGUGCGGCGUGGUGCUGGAACCGCCGCCCGAUCCCACGGAGCUGAAGUACAGGGGUCAGCUCUACACAGAUCUGUUGGCGCUUCGCUCCCGUCUCAGCGACCAGCUGGGCGUCAUGCCAUACAUGGUGGCCAGCAACCGGGCACUGCUGGAGCUGGCACAGCGCCGCCCCACCUCGCUGACUCAACUGGGCAGAGUCGAGGGCUUCACCGACGCCAAGGUGCAAAAGUACGGGUACGAAAUCGUGGAGUUGGUGAACAAUGCGGCCAUCAAGCACAACCUGACGACCAACAACUUCCCCGACAAGAUGCCCGAUGAGAAGCUCGAUUCCGGUGCCGAAGAGGCUUUGUUGCUGCGUCUAAGCGAAACGCAGCGCGAGAGCUACAUCCUGACGCAGCAUGAGUCACAGAGCCUGGAAGAGGCGGCCGAAAAGAAGGGCGUGAAGCCUUCCACGGUGGUCACGCACCUUUCCGAGGCGAUCAAGAUCGGUCUUCCGGUAGAUCUGUCGCGUCUUGGUGUCGACAAUGCCUUGGUGGAGUCGGUGUACCGUGUCGUGCGCAGUCCUGCGAUCGGCUCCAACAUCAGCCGGCUGGGCCCGAUCAAAGAGCAGUGCCCGCCAGAGGUGAGCUGGGACCAGCUGAAGCUGUGUCUGGCGGUCAUUUCGCGACUCCACGGCCUCUCCGAUGAUGGGUCGUCGGCAGCGAGGCCCGCCAACCCCACUCCGUCAGCAGCGGUCGCCCGACCGCCGUCUCCGCCGGAUGCGUCCGACUCCGGCUGGAUGAGCUCCUCCCGGCCAGUACCCACCACGAUUGUGUCGGCCCGCCGGAUGAACACCUCCCAGGCCAGACCGACCCGCUACGUGGGCUCUGAUCCGCCAGUGGUGGCACCGUGCUCACCGCCGCCCGCCGCCGCGCCUUCUGCACCCCCUGCUGCGACCACGGUCCGCCCGAGCGCCGGUCUGAUCGAGGUGGUCGAUCCGUUCGGCGACGAGUCAGACCCGGACGAAGCGGAGGUGUCGGCUGCCGAGCAGCUGGCGAUGGACGAGCUGAACACCUCAGACCAGAGGCAGAGACUCGUCAGGGAACCGUCGCCGCCACGGUCGCAGCCGGCGUUCCGCUGGGGCACCGCCGGGGCCGACGAGGACGGGGAGGAAGACAGUGUGAAGGAGAAGCCGGAGUCGAGCAAGCCGCUGUGGGGUAGGUUAGACCCGGACGAGGUCAACUCGCGAUCGGUGGCCCCUCGUGUCGCGCCGGCGGCCAGUCGAGCUGCGCCAGUGGCCGGUCGUGUGGCACCCAAGAUGCCAAAAGUGCGGCCCGCCCGGCUGCUCUCCGCUGACUCCGACUCCGAUGGAGAGAAAGAAUCAUCCCAGGAACGUGCCAUGAAGCGAAAGCUACCCUCCUGGCUGACGAGCGGCUCACAGUCCACUGGUACUGGCGUGAAGAAGCGUUCGUUGUUUUCGAAGUAGUGAAGCGCUGUAGUCAGCUGCCAGUGCAAAGUAGCCCAUGUUGAGUUUGUUAUCAUGUUGCGUCAUUGUUUGAUGUGCAUCUUGUGCUUCCUUACCUAUGUCAAAUAUAAAUAGUGAUAUGUUUCUUAUACA